AUGGAUGGACUUUGUGCCAACACCAUCGCUCCUCUUGCUCCUCUCAGGUUGAAGGGAGGAGGACGAAGCUAUGAGAAUGCUGGUCCGGUGGUCAAGUCAGUCGUCGAGAAGUUCAGGAGUGUUCACGGCGAAGACCCCAAGUAUGUGUCGGUCGCUCCUGGACGUGUCAACCUGAUUGGUGAGCACACCGACUACAGUCAAGGGUUCGUCAUGCCCUGCGCCAUCGAUUUCCACGUUGCUGCGUCUUUCUGUCCUACAUCGGACAACAAGUUGCACGUGAUCGCGCUGGAUGUCAACGACGAGACAUGCUCCAUUGAUCUUUCAAAGCCGAUCGAGAGAGAUCAGAGUCAGCCAUGGAGCAACUACAUCAGGGGAGUUUGCAAGACCCUGAUGGAUAACGGACACAAGAUCGGUGGAGGAAAAUUUGUCUUCAGUGGAAAUGUUCCUCUGGGGGGAGGGCUAAGCUCCUCGGCUGCUCUCGAAGUUUGCUUCGCCAAGGCCCUCAAUCAUGCUUACAAUCUCAAGAUCGGGGGAGUCGAGAUCGCACAGCUCUCGCAAGCUGCCGAGCACUGGGUAGGCUGCAAGUGUGGCAUCAUGGAUCAGUACAUCAGCUCCAUGGGCGUCGAGGGGAAGGCUCUCAUGAUUGACUGCCGCGACCUUUCCGCUAAGAACGUCGAAAUCCCCAAAGGAGUCGCAGUUGUCAUCGUGAACUCGAACGCCAAGCACGAACUUGCUGGGUUGGACUCGGAGUACAAUGCACGUAGAGAACAGUGCGAACAAGCUGCUCGUCAUUUCGGCGUCUCUUAUCUCAGGGAAGUAACCCCAGAACAACUGGAGCGAGACUCUAAGGAGCUGGACCCUGUCGUCCUCAAACGAGCUCGCCACGUCGUCUUGGAGAACGAUCGCGUCUCCAAGACCGUAGAGGCUCUCAAGCAAGGCGACCUGAAGACCGUCGGCAAGCUCAUGCUUGCAUCACAUAUGUCCCUCAAGAAUGACUUCGAAGUCUCGACCCCUGAGAUCGACGCGCUGGUCGACAUCAUCGGGGCCGUGGUAGGGGAGGAGGGCGGCGUCCGCAUCACAGGCGGAGGCUUCGGAGGCUCCGUCGUCUGCCUCACUCCCGAAAGCAAGGUGGAAGAAAUCCGCAAGGCGGUGGAGGAGAACUACCCCAAGAGAGCUGGGGGCAGGCAGGCGACCUUCUACGUCUGUCACGCCUCUGCUGGAGCUCACAUCCUCGAGUAA